AUGGAUGUCUUUCUCUUGAAGAAGGCCAGUGGGCCGGCAAAACUCACGAACGCCUGUCAAUGGAGAAGCAAGUGCGACAUUGACGAUCGCGACCUCGAGAACAAGCGCGAGCCAGUAUUGCAGUGUGACAAGCUAGGAAACCAGAAGCAUGAUAAAUUCCUUCAGUUUGAUUCAGGUAUCGGUCUCGACAACGGAAACUUUGUGUGCUGGAAAUUCGAAUGGUAG